UGUUUGUUGAGUUUUGUUCUUUAAAGUUUCCAAUGAAUCUUCGUCUUUAUAUUCGAACAUUGAAACACAAGGAAGGGAUUUUGGGUUUUUUCUCUUCUUUGUUUGGCAUCUAUCAAAAAGGAAGCUUUAACUUCAAAGUCUCUACCUUUUUUGGGGUCGUUAAAUGGUUUAUUUCGAGAUUCCUUUGAAUUCAGUUUGUAAUUGAUUGAGAAAAUGUAAAUGAAAUUUGAAAAAAAUGGAAAACGGUUGUCAGUUUUAUGGUUUUUUUGAAAUAAAAUUUGAGAAAUCUAUUUUUAGCAGAAAAAAAGGGUCUGUUCUUUUCCUUUUUUUUCUCUAUGUUUGGAUAUUUUGUUUGAUUUGGUGGGACCGGUUUAAUCACUUAUGAUCUUUUAUUUCUUCUGGUUUAUGUCUAAAUUCAUUGUAUUGAUAGUAAAUGUUAUCAAGACUGUAUUUUUGUUGCCUCCGAAAGAAAAAGAAAACUUUUAUUCUUUUUGUUUAGCACAAAAUUGAUAUUGGGGGAUGAAGCCAAAGAAAAUAUAAGGUUCAAAAAGUUUAAUUUAAUGGACAGUGCAGAUUAAAUUGCUUAUCUACUGAUUUGGAUUCUGCUGGGGGUUGGAUAUUAGCUCUAUUUGUGUUUCAUAUUACAAAUUUUUUGGUGCCGAAAGAUUGGAACAACAGCUUUCUUUGGUUGAUUAUGCAUAUGGCUGCGGCCUUUGCUCAUCUUUCAUGGUGGUUAUGGAGUGGGAAACAUCAAGAGCCUAGAAUUGCUAAUGGAUCGUCUUUAAGUUCUUCACCUGAUUCAGGUUUAUGGGACACGGAUAAUCUGAAGUUUCCACUGAUUAAGAGGGCUAAUAUGGCUUCUUCAUUGAGAAGGGUUAAGAGGAAAUGGCAUAGCCGGGAGGAAAGAAAGAUUGAUAGGGAAUAUGAUGUAGUUCUUGUGCCAUCUGAUGGAGGGUGUGUUUCAGGGUCUGAGUCUGAUGGUUCUGAUUACUCCAUUGGAUGGUUGGAGCCUCAUGGACCUGGAUUCCAGAGUGAUGAUGAUUCAGAUAACAGUUUUGCUGUGCUGGUUCCAUGUUAUGGGCACAGCCAGGAUAAUAUAGUGUUGGAUUCAAAGAACAACAUUGUGGGUGCCAUUGUGAAUAUACCUGACAAUUAUUCUGCUGAAAGCAAAAAAUAUGUGGAACAGUGGCUCUCAUCUCUGCAGACUAGCUGAUAUUCUGGACUGUUGAAGAUUGAUAUGAAUCGAUAUUCUGUUGCCCAUCUGCUGGAAGAACAUGGUCUAGUGUUUUAACAUUGAUAUAAAUAUUGUAUAAAGAUAUUGUAGAUAGUGUAAAAUUUUAAAAAGAUAAAAAAUGGAGGUGGAUGGCUUGCUUUGUUGAAUUAUUGUCACAAAUAUUAGAGAAUCUGAGCUAGUAUCAACUAAUGAGCAGCAGAAAUUGCAGUGAAGGGACAAACAUGGUGUGAAUAUUGGACUAGACAUGUCCUUUUCUUCUGUUUCCUUUGAGACCUUAAGAGGAAGGAUCUGACGGUAUGUCUUGCUUGCAAGCUGUCCAGAUGAAGUAGAUUGAUGCUCAUUUGUGUGUGUGUGUGUGGUAGAUUUCUUGGGAGACUUGGCUAGAAGAAAGGAGAAAGUUGUGUGUGUGCGUGUGUAUUCAAUUCUUUGGUGUAAAAGUGGCUGUACAUACUAAAAACUGAAGCAGAUUUAUACUUGUCUUGUUACUGUAAAUAAUAUAUGAAUAAUGGCAAGUGUUGUGUAAA